AACAUUAUUUCUGAUUACAUUUAAGAGGUAAAAUGAAGUUAGUGGUUUGCAUUUUGCCUCUGUUUUGUGGCUUGGCUUUGGCCCAAUUUGGCGGUUUCGGUAAUUUUGGUGGAAGUAUUGCCAACAGUUUUCAGCAAGGUGUUCAAGCUAUAGCUGCUCGUGUUAAAAAUGUACCAUUCGUAGAUAAUGCCAAGAAUUUUGCUGAUUAUGCUCAACAAGCUGGCAAAACUUAUGCCUCCGCUGCUGAGAAAACUUUGCGUGAGGGUGUUUUCAAUGCCCACAAAAAACUGGUCGAUGCCAACAAUCAAGCUUUUGCUGCUGGAAAGUCUACUUUCGAAUUAGCUGCCAAUGCCUUUUCUGACGUCACCAAUGCCGAAUUCCUUAAAUUUUUCACCGGUAAUCGCAAAUCCAGUGCGGGAGAAAAUCUGGCUAAACAACAUCGUCAAAAGGCUGCUGUUGCUGAUGCUCCUAUUCCCGACUCUUUCGAUUGGCGUGAAAAGGGUGGUGUUACCCCAGUUAAAUUCCAAGGUGAAUGCGGUUCUUGUUGGUCAUUUGCUGUUACUGGUGCCAUUGAAGGUCAUGUCUUCCGCAAGACCGGCAAACUUAUCAAUCUCUCUGAACAAAAUCUUGUCGAUUGUGGUAAAGAAGAGUACGGUUUGGCUGGCUGUGAUGGUGGUUUCCAAGAAUAUGGUUUUGAAUUUGUCACCAACCAAAAAGGUAUUGCAGUAGGCGAUAAAUACCCUUAUGUGGAUAAGAAACAAACUUGCUCGUAUAAGAACAAUUUGAAAGGAGCUGAGAUUAAUGGUUUUGCCACUAUCGAUCCCAAGGAUGAAGUGACCAUGAAAAAAGUUAUUGCCACUUUGGGACCUCUGGCCUGUUCUGUCAAUGGUUUGGAGUCUUUGUUGUUGUACAAACGCGGUAUUUACGCCGAUGAAGAGUGCAACAAGGGUGAAGUUAAUCACUCUGUUUUGGUAGUGGGCUAUGGCAGUGAAAAUGGUCUGGAUUAUUGGAUUGUCAAGAACUCUUGGGACAAGGCUUGGGGUGAGGAGGGCUACUUCCGUUUGCCAAGAGGCAACAACUUCUGUGGUAUUGCUAGUGAGUGCAGUUAUCCCAUUGUUUAGGAACCUUUACUCUAUCAAUUAAGUUUACUAACAUUAAGAGCUUUACGAUCAAUGAGUUUUUAUUUAACUUUAAAUUAUAAAUUUUGAUUAAUUGAA